UGGCCAGUAUGGGAAAUGAAGCUGCCUUCGUUUCCAUGGUCACCGAAGAUGUUGUCAUUUGAAAGAACUUCAUUUCACUUUCAACCUAAGAAGAAUUGGAUGAAUGAUCCUAAUGGUCCAUUAUUUUACAAGGGAUGGUACCACUUGUUCUACCAGUACAACCCGGACGGGGCAGUAUGGGGCAAUAAAAUUGUCUGGGGUCAUGCUGUAUCGAAGGAUUUCCUGAAAUGGCACCACCUUCCAGUGGCCAUGUACACUGAUAAGUGGUAUGAUGUCAAUGGAGUGUGGACUGGCUCUGCCACGACCCUUCCUAAUGGUGAUGUCAUCAUGCUGUACACCGGAUCAACCAAUGAGUCAGUGCAGGUGCAAAAUCUUGCUUAUCCUGCUGAUCCAUCUGAUCCCCUGCUUGUUGAUUGGGUCAAAUACCCUAACAACCCUGUUUUGUUCCCACCACCUGGUAUCGGGUACAAGGACUUUCGUGAUCCUACAACAGCAUGGCUAACGUCUGAGGGGAAGUGGCGCAUCACCAUUGGGUCCAAACACAACAAAACUGGCAUUUCACUAGUGUAUGACACUGUGGACUUCAAGAAUUAUAAGCUCUUAAAAGGGGUGCUACAUGAGGUUAAAGGCACUGGAAUGUGGGAGUGCGUCGACUUCUUCCCAGUUUCUGUUGAUGGGACAGAUGGUCUGGAUACAUCAUAUAUGGCUAAAGGAGUGAAACAUGUAGUAAAAGUUAGCCUUGAUGAUGAUAGGUGUGAUUAUUAUUCGUUUGGAACCUACGAACCUAGAACGGCUACAUGGACUCCUGAUAAUCCGAAUGUGGAUGCUGGUAUUGGUCUGAGGUAUGAUUAUGGGAUUUUUUACGCGUCAAAGACAUUUUAUGAUCCGAACAAGAAACGGAGAGUUUUGUGGGGUUGGAUUAAGGAAACGGAUAGUGAAAAUAGCGAUGUGAAAAAGGGUUGGGCGUCUGUUCAGGCCGUCCCAAGGACUAUAUUAUUUGAUAAAAAGACUGGUAACAACUUGAUUCAAUGGCCAGUUGAGGAGGUCGAGGAGUUAAGAUCAAACAAAAAGGUCUUCGACAAGGUAGAGAUCAAAGCUGGCUCAGUUGUGCCACUAGAAGUAGGAUCAGCUGCUCAGUUGGAUAUUAAAGCUGAAUUCGAGGUGGAUCAGAAGGUGAUAGAGAGUCUAAAUAAGCAACAAGUCGUUUACAAUUGCAGUGGCAGCAGAGGAGCUGCUGACCGCGGUGUACUAGGGCCAUUCGGGCUGCUAAUUCUUGCUGAUAAUGACUUGAUUGAGCACACUCCAGUCUACUUCUACAUUUCUAAAGGCCCUGGUGGAAAUCUCCACACAUUGUUCUGUGCUGAUCAUUCAAGGUCUUCUGUGGCUGGUGACGUCGACAAGGGAAUAUAUGGCAGCACAGUUCCGGUACUCCAUGGCGAAAAACUAACAGUGAGGAUACUAGUGGAUCAUUCAAUUGUCGAGAGCUUUGCUCAAGGAGGUAGGACUUGCAUAACAUCAAGGGUAUAUCCAACAAAGGCCAUUGGAGAGAAUGCCAAGUUAUACUUGUUUAACAAUGCUACUGGAUCCAAAAUUUCUGCCUCCGUCGAGGUUCAUCAAAUGACAACUAGUACUAGUGCUGCUAACACACGCUUGCUUUCAUCUCAUUACUCCUUCUCUGGAUUCUUACAUGAUCGAUUAGGUACAAAAUCUCUUCCUUUCUUUUGUGCUAUUGUCAAGAUUUAA